GCUCCAUACAAAUAUCCAGCAAGAAACUAAACUAUAUAUUUACUGAGUUACUACUAAUAGUUUUCACUCAAUCUAUUUCCACUCUUUCUCCUCUUCAUUAUAUUAUAUGGCUCAAAUGACAGAUCCCCUUGUGAUUAGUAGGGUGGUUGGAGAUGUUGUUGAUUAUUUCUCUCCAAGUGUUAAGAUGUGUGUUAUUUAUAACCCCAGUAAGCAUGUCUAUAAUGGGCAUGAACUCUUUCCAUCCCUUGUUACCUCUAAACCUAAGGUUGAAGUUCAUGGAGGUGACAUGAGAUCCUUCUUUACACUGAUCAUGACUGACCCUGAUGUUCCUGGUCCUAGCGAUCCAUAUCUUAGGGAGCACUUACAUUGGGUAAUUACAGACAUUCCAGGCACUACAGAUUCCUCGUUUGGAAAAGAAGUGGUGGGCUAUGAAAUGCCAAUGCCUAACAUUGGAAUCCAUAGGUUUGUGUUUCUGCUCUUCAAGCAGAAGAAGAGGCAAACAGUGAGCGCACCAUUAUCCAGGGACCGAUUCAAUACGCGGAAAUACGCAGAAGAAAAUGAGCUUGGCUCUCCAGUUGCUGCUGUUUUCUUCAACUGCCAAAGGGAAACCGCGGCCAGAAAGCGUUGAUAAAAUCAGAAAUAUUAUAGUCGUAUCUUUUAUGUAGUAAUGUAAGAGUUAUUGCUAGAAUAAGACCUUUUGGGGUAAUGUUAUUCAUCAUCUGUUGAAUAACUAAAACUUCAAAAGAAUGUACUUUCAUAAUCAAAGUUAGUGGCAUGUAAUAUGACCAUUCAUAGUAAUUAUGUUUGAUCUUACAAUUAAAAUAGCAUGCGUGUAAAUAAAGCUUCGUGUUUUUCUUUUUUCUCAA